UGGUGCCUGGCCCUCAGGGCCCCCACUGCCCGCCCCUCCCCCAGCCUCGGCACUAUUUUGGGUGGUGUAGACCCCGCCCCCACCUCCGUCUGAGCCCUGGCUCUGCGGGCAGCUGGAGGGGUCGCACUGCUCCGCGGACUAGGGCUGCCUACUCGUCUGCAGCCAUGUCUGGCCGCUCCGUGCCACAUGCCCACCCGGCCACCGCGGAGUACGAAUUUGCCAACCCGAGCCGCCUGGGCGAGCAGCGCUUCGGAGAAGGCCUCCUGCCAGAAGAGAUCCUGACUCCCACCCUCUACCAUGGCUACUAUGUUCGGCCCCGAGCCACCAGAGCAGGGGAGGGCAGCAGGGCAGGGGCCUCUGAGCUCAGGCUCAGUGAGGGCAAGUUCCAGGCAUUUCUGGAUGUAAGCCACUUUACCCCAGAUGAGGUGACCGUGAGGACUGUGGACAACCUGUUGGAGGUGUCUGCCCGGCACCCCCAGCGCCUGGACCGUCAUGGCUUCAUAUCUCGAGAGUUCUGCCGCACCUAUGUCCUGCCCGCUGAUGUUGACCCCUGGCGUGUCCGCGCUGCUCUCUCGCAUGAUGGCAUCCUUAACCUGGAGGCUCCUCGGGGUGGCCGACAUUUGGACACAGAAGUCAAUGAGGUCUACAUCUCCCUACUUCCUGCGCCUCCUGAUCCGGAAGAAGAGGAGGCAGCGGGAGUUGAGCCCUGAAUGCCACAGACCCGGUAUCCAGCACUUUCUACCUCCCGUGGUGAUACGGCAGCUGCCAUCACCCUAGAGGUAGCAGCAUCCUUGGGAAAGGGGAAAAGUGCAUGGGCCACAAUGUAUGGUUUGGUCCCUUGGGACAUGUCCUAGCCUUUGGUUUAGUUCUGGGUGGAGCUGAAUAAACCCAAAUCUCAGGGCCUUA